CUCCAAGAUGAAGCAGCACAAAGCUACGGUUUCUUUGGUUUGGUGAAGAACAGAUACAUCAGCCAUUUCCCUUUUCCUCAGAGCAAGAAUCUGACCGUCAAUACUGAUGGUGCAGCAGGAGAUCCAGGGUCCACAGGGUAUUUCCACGAAGUUAUGUUCGUUCCAGUUCUUAAUCAGCCCUUGUCUUCCAACUGCUACUAUGUUAUAUGGAGGAAAGGAAAGCAUCAAGGGUGGAGGGGAGAAAAGAUGCUGUCAGAUUAACAAGAUUUUAGUAAGAAUUGAUAAAAGAAGAUAUGCAACUGGUGGACUUUCGCUUAGCGAUCUUGCAAUUGGAUUGACAGAAUUUUAGUAAAAUUGGAGUUGUUGAAAAUGUUUUUACGAGUACAAAAUUAGGAAUAUAAAAUCAGGAAUACACUAUAAGAAGGAGGAGCACAAAAAAUAGUUGAUGAGUUUCUUUGUUCUUUUUUAGCUUUUCUAUUUGCUUGUUAUUGUUCUUGCUCUAUUUAUUGUGUUGAGCUCUUUUGUUAAAAAAAAAACAAAAAUAUCUUCUAAAAAGAUGUUCGUCUUUAAAUGCUCUUUCGAGUUACAUUUUUUAUCAAUUAAAUAAAGGAUCCCGCAAGAGAGACAAUGAGCUAUUAAGUUACAAAAUGAACAUCCCCUAUACUAAGCUUAAACUGAUUUUGGAGUUCACAAAGGAUCGAACUAAGGUAACACUAAUGGUUAUAUCUCUAAUACUCCUUAAACCUCCAUUAUACACAUUGUACAAAUAUUCCAUUAGCUUCUCAUACUUUCCCUUAAAUAAAUAUUAACUCUCUAUUUAUUAUAUUUCUAAAACGUAUUAGCAUUAGAUUCUAAAGAUUUAAAAAAAUUAACAAAAAAUAACGAAUAAUCAAGUAGUUCAAUUUCUGUUGAUAAAAUUUUUUUUGACACAGUACUAUCUAAGAUUUCCACAUAAAUAUUUGUUUUUGGCACAUUAGUAUUUUUUUUUUCAUGAAAGAGUGUCCGUUAUGGAAGAAGAUUGUCUGUUCGUGUAACAAUUUGAAUCCCAAGGUUAUACUUUUUAGUCAGACUUUACCGGUGAAGGGUGGCCUCUGGAAAGAGAUCUAUCAGUUGGAUAUAAAAGCACAACAGAUAAAAGAAAAAGUUAUUAGUGGGAUGGCAAUGGAAGUUGAUGAUGGACAAAGGACACUGUUUUGGAAAGAUAACUGGGUCCAGGGUGGUCCUUUGAAAGCACGUUUUCCAAGGCUCUUUUCUGUUUCAAACCAGCAAGGAUCUGUGAUAGGGGAUUAUGGGUUCUGGGAUGGGUUAGAGUGGAUUUGGAAUUUCCUUGGAGGAGGGAGCUGUUUCAAUGGGAGUUGGAACUAGUUCACCGACUUCAUGAUAUGUUAAGACCAGUGAAGCUAUCAGCUGACAGAGAAGAUAAUCUUGUUUGGAAAUUUGAUAAUAAAGGUAUUUUCUCUACUAACUCUUUUCUGCAGGUGUUGCAAUCGGAGACUCUUUCGGAGGAGAUUACGAGUUAUAGCUUCACAAGUUCGAUCUGGAAAGGGUUGGUUUCGCUUAGAAUUGGACUGUUUGGUUGGUUUGUUUUAGUCGGUAGAGUGAAUACUAAAGAAAGGUUGAGUAGAUUAGGCAUAACUCGCCAGCAUGAUAGUAUUUGUGUCUUGUGUAAAAAGGAGAUCGAAUGUGAUCAUCAUUUGUUUGUGUGCUGUGAGUUUACAUGGCAGGUGUGGUGCGUCUGGUUGAGAUGUUUUCAUAGAGAUUGGGCUGUCCUAGGAAGCAUUAAAGGCUUGUUUGAGAGUUGGAAUGGAACACCUAAUAGAAAAGAGAAGCAGAAGAGGUGGCUUACUAGGUUCUUUGCGGUUAUUUAGAACGUCUGGUUGGAACGCAAUAAUAGGAUUUUCAACAAUAAAGAGGGAGGCAUGUACAAGCUCAACGGAAGAGGAUAUGGGAACUACUUGUUUAUGCUGCAAUUCUGUGAAAAAUGUUAAACCAAGACCUUUGGACCCCUUCAACCAAUAUCAACAAUUCCAGAUAAUCAAGAAGCGUUCUGGUUUCCAUGCAAAGUCUGUUGCUUCUGAUGGGAUCCCUCCUUCAUUCUUAAGGACGAAAGGUUGGAAUGUUGAAGCUUCUACACCCAAGAAUUACAAUUUGGAAGAAGCUCUUGGCCUAAAUCAAUUGUUGCGCGGUCAAUUACCGGCAUUUGAUUUCCCAUUGUCUAAUGAUAGUUCUGGUUCUGUGGUUAUUGGGAAUUGGUACUGUCCAUUUAUGUUUGUGAAGGAAGGAAUGGAACUCAAGGAACAAAUGAAAAGAUCUGUGUUUUACACAUUGACACUUGAGCAAAGAUGGGAGAAGAUUUUGUCAAUGAAGAAUAGUAGUGUUAUUGGUAGUAAAGGUAAUGAUAGGGUGUUAGUGGAUGUUGUUGUUGAAACAGAAUUUGCUAUGGUGGGUGGAAAGGAAGCUGAUUGGGGUGAAGGAAAUGGUGUUGAUGGAGUGGUUUGGUUUAGUGUGAGAAGAGAGGUUAGUGUUGGAUUGAAUUUGGUUAUUGUGGAGAGAAUGAAAUGGGAGCAAGAAAGAGGUGGUUGGAUGGGUAGGAAUAAGAGGCAAGAGAGGAUAAUUAGAGAAGAGAAAUUUGGAGGGGCUAUUAAAUGGGAAAAUUUUGGGUGUUAUGUGCUUGUGGAAAGCUUUGUUUUGAAGAGAAUGGAUGGAAGCUUUGUGUUAACUUAUGGUUUCCGACACACUAAUCAAAUUAUGUGUAAAUGGGAGUGAUGACCACGUUGUUAUUCGUUUCUUAUGUACAUACUAGUUUGGAAA